GAUACAAGUAUAGUUCACAGAUUAUAUAAUUUCUUUAUUUUGCUGAAAACGAUGAGUUUUGUGUCCGACGAACUUGCGAAUGUUUUAAAAUCGGUAUACAGGAUGGAGGAGGGUAGUGAAAAUAACGGAGAUGAAGAGUCCUCUUCUAAUGUAGACAAAAAGAGUGAGGAGGUUUCGAAAGAGAAACGCUCUAGAAAACAUAAGCACAAGAAACACUCAAAGUCGAAGUCAAAGGACAAGAAAAAGCACAAAAAACGAAAACAUAAGUCAAGAUCACGCUCACAUUCUCGAUCGAAAUCACGGACACCAGAUGAAAUUGAGACCGAUUUUGUUCUUAAGAAAGACAAAAAUCUUGACACCGAGGAAAAGGAUAGAGAACUGGCCUCACAGAAUGGCACUGCUGGGUAUGGUAACGCUGUUCAACCAGCGCAGACCAACUGUGAUGAAAAGCCUAUCCAGGAUGUUCAUGGAUCUAAACCUUCAGAUUCCAAAGAAGAAAAGUCAGAGAGUUAUUUUAAAAGUAUUAGGUUAGAGAAUGAUAAAAAUGACUUGAUAUCUACUCCAGUUGCUGCAAAAAUAGGCCCGGAGAGAGAUUUUAACAGUAAUUGUUCAGGGAGUGAUGCAAAAGAUUUGGAGAACAAAAAGAGUACUUCAUCUUCCAGGAGUAAGUCAAAGUCCCCAGAGUCUAAAUUGUCUGGAAAUAACAAGGAGAGAGACUCAAGAUCUCAUUCCAAUGAUAGAGAGACUAAAAGGAAAUCCGGCUCACAAUCAAGUUCUAAGCAGUCUGCAAAGAAGAAGAAGCCAAGGUCACGGACACAUUCAAGGAGCAGAACAUCCAAAAAGAGAUCAAGGUCAAGGUCACACUCAAAAAGGAAUCGCCACAGAAGAACUGAAUCCAAGUCAAGUUCACGUUCCCAUUCAUACAACAGUAGGUCAAGAUCUAGGUCCCCAAGACGAAGAAAAAGAUCAUUCUCUAGGUCACCAAGACGUAAAAGGUCACUUUCCAAGUCACGCCAUAAAUCUCCUGUAUUUAAAAGCUUUAGAAGGGUUUCUCCACCUUCCUGGAAAAAAAAUGUAGGAUCUCUCAGGAGACAAAGGUCAAGAUCAUACUCUAGAUCUGGUAGGUCACCUCCAAGGAGAAGGAGUUCUCCAGGAAGGAAACAGUCACGUUCAAGAUCAAGAGGAAGAAGGUCACACUCUAGAUCAAGAACUAGAACCCCAAGGAAGAGAACACGAUCCUUGUCUAGGGACAGGAGACAUCAUAGAUCCAGAUCAAGGUCACACUCAAGAGGAAGAGGUCAAAGAUCAGCAUCUAGAGAAAGAAGGAGGAGUAAGAGUAGUAGAUCUCGGUCAAAAUCAAAGGAAAAAACACAACCAAGGAAUCCUUCAUCAGUACCCAAUGUGCCAGUAACAGAUAAAAUAUCUACUUUGAUUGACAAACCAGUCGCAAGUGAUCUUUCUGCACAGCAGACAAAAGUUGCACAGAGGGCUGGAGGGAAAACUAUUGCGGAGCUUACUGCUUUCUGUAAAAAGCUACAGGAUGAAAAGGAGAGUAUAGACAGUGGUAACACAAGUGUAACAACUUUAGAAAAGAAAGAAGAUUCUCAGCCAGUGGCACACCAUCCAUUUUUAAUUAAAGAAAAGCCAGAUAUCACAAUACCACCUGUUAUCUUUCCAGUAAGUUAAUAAAAGUAGUGCAUGUACACCAUUUUUUUUAGUGUGUGCAUGUGUUUUAUGUAAAACUGAACCUCAGGUCUAGAUUGAAAGCACUAAAAUUUUGAUGUGUAGAUAUGAAAGGUAACUAGUUUGAUGUAUCUAUUUAUGCAUGUGUUCUUUGAUUAAGGUUUGAAUUUAAAUUUGUGGUCAUUGUGAGAGAGAACUUAAUCUUUCUUACUAAUCUUCCUUAUCUAGGUGAACAAGCCUAUGGUCCCACAAGUAGGGUCAUCCAAACCUCUGCAGGAGCAGUUUCCUGUGUCUUGUGGAAGUAAACACAGAGAAAAAGAGGGUGUCAAUGAUGGGGCUGAAAUGGUUGCCAACAUAGAUGGCUCUGCAAUUCAGACGCAACCAAAAGUAGAAGUAUUUCCUCAACCUUCUGCUGAGGUAUAUAGCUGAUGUUUUUGUUUCCUUUAGUUCAAUUAUCACUUUCAUUUUUGAUAAUUCUGUUGUAUGUACAAACUGUAUGGGAAAUAUUCCCUUCUCCACUUCUUUCAGAAACUGGACAUCAGUGACCUUGUUGCUAAGCGAAUGGAUGCACAAAGGCGGCUGCAGACUGACCCUAAUGACAUUGAGGCCCUGUUGGUUCUCCAGGAGAUUCAAAUGAAGAUGCAGAAUUGGUGCCAAUCAAAUGUUAAGCCAGGCCAGUUUACUGGAGAGCUUGUGAAGAAUCUUUUGCCAAAGGAAGAUUUGCAAGGAGGCUUCCAGGCAUGGGCCAAAAAGGUAGAUUUCUUUGUGUGUGCAUGUUUGUGUGUGCAUUUCUAAUUUGUGUUAGAUUCAAUCAGAAUUGGACAGAAAAUAUCCUUAUGACUUACCUAUAAAAGCAAAUCCUAACCUGUAAGCAUUCAAGAGGGGGGAUUUAUGCUUUUAAGUAAUAGUUAUUGUUUUUGUUGAACAUGCACAUGUCUACCAAUAAAUGCCAUUUUAAAUAGUAUAGCUGUUGUUUCUGGUUGCGAUGAUAUUGAAUUGUCAUCUUGAUUGCAGGACAUGUUUCACAAUCUCUCACCAGUUUCUGGUGGUAUUGGCAUGAAGCUUCUCCAAAAAAUGGGAUGGAAACCUGGACAAGUGAUUGGUAAAAGAGGAGAAGGUUACGCUGAACCUAUUGCUCUCACUGUCAAAAUUGAUAGGAAAGGUCUCAGUGCUGGAAAGGAAAAGGCUACCAAGAAAGGUGCUCCUACUGUUCUGGACCUGCAAGGUAACUUGUGCUGACUGUUUUUUCACUGACUAGUGACAUCACCAUCAUUGUCUGAGUAUCAUGAUAAUCAUUAAGAAAUUUUUUUAAUUUGUUUUGGUGGAGAGUAUAGAAAUGGUGUAUGUAAAAGGGAAAGACUUUCUCAAAGUUGUUUGCAGUUCAUAAUGAUUUGUCACUCUCAGCUUAGCAUUGACAUCCUGACAUCUGGCAAAUUGCUGUCACUGACUUGGGCUGUUGUCUCUGUCCAUAUCAUAACUGACAGACCAAGUUUUUACCCUCUCAAUUUAUGGCCAAAGGCUGAAGCAGGUGGGCCUUAGAUUGAAAGGAGAAAAAAAUGAAGGAUCCAUAAGUUAUAUAAAUGGACUCUGAAGAUAACUUAAGUGAGGUAUUUCCUGUAUCUUUAGGGUAUGUCUGACAGGUUUUGGAAAUGAUUAGUAGACAUGUAUAAUAUUAUGUAGAAGGACUGUUAAAUGACUGACCUUAGUAAAAAGUGGAUUUGUCUAGUUCAGUAUAUCCCUUGAGAUUAAUUUAUAUUUAAGCAUCUUCCUACUGUCCGGCAUUUUUUUUUCUUUUUUUUCAGAGGGGGAGGGAGGUAUUGGGGGAAAGGCUCUUUUACUAAAGCAAUAAUUAUUUUGAUUAAAAUUAUUAGUUAACAAUAUUAUAUAUUGUUUGAGUUUGAGUACUUUGUUAUAGAGGCAUUGGAAUUUGAAUUGCUUGUUGACCAACCAAAUUGUGACCCAAAUUUCUGAGCAUUGUUUCUCAGUCGGUGCACACUUCUUACAUGUAGUUCUGCCUUUUAUUACGUUUAGUUGGUUUUAUAAUCUUCCUUUAUCCAUUGUCAUCUUGUAUCCCUUUUUAAGAAAUAUCAUGGCACUUAUGAUUUAAAAACAUUUCUGAUAUGUUUUCUUUUACUCUAGACAUCUCUCUUUGGGUCUCUUGUGUAAGGUUGUAUUAAUAAUGUGAGAACUUCUUGUUUUCACAGCAGUGAUAGAUUGAGAAUUGGGGUUUACAACUCACAAUUAGAUUGUAUUGUUUAGAAAAUUACACUUUCUGUAAUCAAUGAGUCGUUCAAUCAAAUGCUAGUCAGAGAUUUGAUUUUGCAUGCAAGGCUAUGACAUUUUGCAGACUGUAAUUAUGUUCUUGCUUGUUAUUUGGUGAUGGCAACUUUUGCUCCAGUUCUGAUUUUGUCACUGUUGUACUAUUUGCAGUAAAUUGUUUACCCAGCUCACACAUAUUAAAAGAUUCCAAUAAUGGUCACAGAGUGUUGUCACAGAGUGUUGUCAUACAGCAUAGAAUGGCCCAGUGAAUUGUGCCAUUCUAUGCUAAUGCAUGGAAACAAAUAAAUUUUUCCCAGCAGUAAAAGGCAUCGACCCCUUUGAAAUGAAGCCUACAUACAAGCAAUUCAAUAUGCAAUGCCUCUUGAUCCGAUGUUGAGAAUUUUAGCACCACAAGGAGAUUGUACCAUCAAAUGAUGAUCACACAAAGACUUAUUUUUGAUGACAACAGGUAAAUAUUACUGGGUGUGUUUUGUGGCUGGAUACCUUCAUUCUUGAACAAGUCCUGACUGAAUUUCAGAACCCUUUUUUUGAAACUUUUGUGAGUUCUAAAAUUAUGUUGACUCACUAGUAUAAUACAAAUGAGUUACUCAGUUUUACUUGCAGAUGAAGCAAUUUUGUAUGAUUUUCCUUGAUUUUCAAAAGCAAUACUACACAAUUCAAAAGCUGCAUUUCUGAGAAGUCAGGAUAGUCUUCCUAAGAAUUUAACACAUUUUAUGGUAUAUGUGUAUUUUAUUUUUGAUGGGAGAAAAAGGCAGUUGAUCUUUAAAUCAAAGGAGAAGUGCAUGAAAUUAACUUCGUAUCUCAUUCUGUCACCAUUAUUUAUUUAAAAGAUGUUUAAGAAAGUUCUCAGAUAAAGCAGGCUAGUUCUGAAAUUCAAAAUUUAGGGUUCAUUAAUGAACAUUCUUGACACAAAAUCACCCAAUUAGUUCUUUCCAAAUAUGGGGGGAGUGCUGGAGAAAUCUUUGUGAACAUCCACUUGUCAGAUGAAAGGUUUUUGCACAAACUUAAAUUAGUUGCCUUCAGAUAAUUAUUCCUUGGGGAUGAUACCUGUUUUCAUGAUGAACAAGGAGAAGAUGAAUCUGUCCAAAUUUGAUUUUCUAGCCCCUUUGAUACAUGAAGGUCAAAGUAAUCUUAGGACAAUAAUUGGAAUGGGAUCCUAGUCAUCCAAAGGAAAAAUGCAGUCUAAGAAAUGGGGAUCAGGGUUAGUUCAUCCUUAUGAUCUUAAUCACAGGUUCAAGGGAUCAAGUCACUAAUACAUCAAGUUUAUGAUUUUUUUUUCUCAUUUUUUUUUUUCAAUUUUUUGGAAAAUUGAAAGGAGCUUUUUGUAACAGAAGAAACUAGAAUACUCAUGAAAUUUUGACCUGAGAUAAUGUCUUGCUCUUCAAUGAGGUAAUAUUAUUUGAUAUUUCUUUAGCAAAAAUCAGUUGAUGACCACUUUUUCUCCAGUCCUCUCUUUAUUUUUGAAAUGGACUGUAAUGGAAGGUAACUAUCCACCAAUACAGUGCAGGUUAUUAAUUUAAAGCCUCAAGGCAUUGUUACUCCUAUAUUGUACAGGGUCAAUACAGGCUCUUUUGGAGCAUAAGUUUAUCUUCAUUGGAUUGAAACUUUCACUGUUGCUGUUUUGGUGGAUAAAAAUCUUUCUUUCCUUGGUAUCUUGAACACUACUUCUAACACAGGAAUUCCUGCCAAGAGAGAAACUGAAGAGGAUGUUUAAAAAAAUAAUAUUGUAAGCAGGGGACAAAACUACAGAUUCCAAUUUCAAUACUUGAAAAACAGGCUAAACCUUUGCAGUGUUCUUUGUUCCCUCAGAUGUCACUUUUGAAGAAUGUAGUGUCUUGCAAGUUGCAUUAUAAACUUUUCCUAGGCUGUUAGUUGGCCCUCUUGUGAUGUGAAUGGAGCAAUUAUACAGUAAUGGGGAGGUUGCUCAUUAUUUGUGCUAGAAGCAGAGGAGAUUGCAGUUUAGCCUGUUAUUGUCUCUAUUGCUUGUCUUGCAUUUUGUGUAGCUCCAUCUUUGAGAGAGUUGUAUCAAAGUGAUGUUCAUGUUGCCAUGAUGUGUCUUUUUCUCAUAAACUUUUUUUUUCAAUCAUACUUUGCAGGAAAGCAUCCUGUGUCUGCCCUGGCUGAGUAUUGCAGUAAGAGAAAAUGGCAACUGCCCGACUACACUUUAGUCUUUGAUCAUGGCCCAGCACACCAUAAACAGUUUCUGUUUAAAGUUUUAGUGAACAGUGUAGAGUACCAGCCUGCAGUGGUGUGCGGCAACAAAAAACAGGCUAAAGCACAGGCAGCUAUUUUUGCUCUGAAAGGUCUUGGCCUCAUUCCUGAAGAUGCUGAAAUAUCUGCAGUAUAAUGCAGGUUUUUUGAUAUACAUAUAUGAGGUGAUGGGUGGGUAUCUAUCACUAAAGAAUUUUUGAUGAUUGCAUUUUGUUCUAAACAAGACUGUGUCAUGUGUAGAUGUUCCAAAGCUGUGCUCUGUUACACCACAAGUCAAAUCACUUUUACUGAAUAACUUUCUCAGUUUCUUCCUUUCCACCUUUGUCUAUCAGAACCAUGGCCUUGAACUUUGUUACUUUCCUUAGAUCUGUCGCUGUUAAUCAGGUAGCCUCAACAAAACUUUAUUUGGUCAAAUUCUGCCAAAGUAAAAAUUGCAAGCCUUUGUUGUCAAUUUUCUCUUUGUCCACCAUCUAUUUGUGAGGUUCAGCUAAGAAAACAAAGACCUUUGAAACAGCAAUGUUACCUCAAUUAUUGCUCAGUUUUGUUGUCACAAAUGGUUCAGAUGAGACUCUUGAGUUCAUAAAUCCUACG